UAGAUGAAUACGCAGAUGCUCCGAGCCUAGAUUAACACACACCCAGAGUGUAGUUAGUUACUUAUUUAUUACAAGGGCUUCUAACCCAGCCAGGACUAGGGCAAAGGUCGGAAUGGCGGUUUCUGGUUGGCUACAUUGUUUUCGUGCCUCCACUGGCUCUCCUGUUUUCUGUUCUCCAACUGCUUUAAUCCCAUUCAUUCACUGCCUCCUUUUGCCGCCUGUCCAUCGUCGAUGGAGUCAUCAUUGUAUCGAGUACUCCGUACUCUACUCGGAUCCACGACUGCUGCUGAUUUGCCGAAUGAUCCGCAACCAGUGCUCCCCCCCGAUCGCCCGUUUGGGCAGAUCCCGAUCCCCCGAGGGAACCCAUCGCAAUCCCUCUUUAAUCCUCCCAUCUCCGACCCAGGAUCGCCCGACGCGUCGGCACAUCCGUGGUCUGGCCACCCCUGCCCUGUGUCGGCGGUUUUCGGCCUCCUCAAUGAUCCAUCUCAACGCCCAGUCCCAUCAGGGGUUGAGUAGUUAGCUAGACUGCUAGCACCCUGGGUCGCUGGUCACCGGUCACCCUCUCGGUUUAGGGAGUUCCCCCGGGCCUAGCGGGUCCCGGCCAGCACCUUAAUAUUUGGAGUAUGCUUAAUUUCGCCCAUUCUCCAUUUCCCUCCGCCAGGCGUCU